AUGCGUUUUGCAGACUUUGCUUUUUUGGAGUGCGUUUUAUGGUGUUUCUAACGUAUUUGUGUUUUUUAAAUCUUAGUUAUUGCUCUUUUUACCCAAAAGUGUCACAUAUUGACACAUUGACAGAUGCUUGAUGUAUUGUUGGUUGCAUAUCACUAACAAAUUAAAUUGUAAAAUUUCUAAAUAGACUUGUAUUUGGAACAAAUUGGGUGCGUUUUGGGGCAUUUAUAGACCGUUUGUGUUUUUUUUUUGAGUGGCAUUUAUUGCGUUUUUGCCCGAAAAGUGUGUUUUGUGUGUCACAUGUGUCAGUGUCAACCUAACCUCAAAAAUGCCAAAAAUCAAACCAGAGAAAAAAUCACGUAUUCAUGCCUCUGUGGCGAAACAAGGUAUCACAUUCAACAAGACUUUUGGUCAACACAUCCUCAAAAACCCCCUCAUCAUAACCUCAAUGUUGGACAAGGCGGCCCUCAAGCCCUCCGAUACCGUCCUGGAAAUCGGCCCUGGAACCGGAAACUUGACCUUGAAACUCCUCGAAACCGUAAAACAAGUAAUUGCGUGUGAAAUCGACCCGAGACUAGUGGCAGAAUUGCAAAAACGCGUCCAAAACAGCCCCCUUAAGUCCAAACUCCAGAUCCUGAUUGGGGACGUUUUAAAGACCGAAUUGCCGUUUUUCAGCGUUUGUGUGGCCAAUAUCCCGUAUCAGAUCUCCUCCCCAUUGGUGUUCAAGUUGCUUUUGCACCGCCCCUUUUUCCGGUGUGCCGUCCUCAUGUUUCAGAAGGAGUUCGCUGAUAGGUUGGUUGCCGCCCCCGGGGACAAACUCUACUGUCGAUUGUCGAUCAAUACGCAGCUAUUGGCCCGAGUUGAUAUGUUGAUGAAAGUGGGGCGGAAUAAUUUCAGACCGCCCCCGAAGGUGGAGUCAGCGGUGGUGCGAAUAGAAGUGAGGAAUCCGCCCCCGCCCAUUUCCUACACCGAGUGGGAUGGGCUUACGAGGAUUGCGUUUUCACGGAAAAAUAAGACACUGGGGGCGGCGUUUCGGCAAUCGGUGGUUUUAGCUACGCUUGAGAAGAAUUACAAGUCGUUUUGUAGUGUGAAUGGGAAAGAGGUGCCCCCUGGUUUUAGUGUUAAGGAGAAAGUUGAACAGGUUUUGAAGGGGGUCGAGGGGGAACAAAAAAGGGCGAGGACUAUGGAUAUUGAUGAUUUUAUGGUGUUGUUACAUGCGUUUAAUAGCGAGGGAAUACAUUUUUCAUGAAA